GUGCGCAUCAUCUUUAAACCCACGUUGCUCGCACACAUCCACACAAGAGUCCACAUUCACCCAGUGUCCCCGUGUCCUUCAAACAAACUCCAGCCACACACUCCCUCCGCCACCAGGCAUGCACAGAGAGCUGCUAUGUUACACAGCAUUGGCAUCCCGAAGGCUCCCGCACUUCACACCCUGCCUCUGCGCAUCAGUCAGUCUUCCUCGUCAGCCCAGGGCGUGCGGAUGGCCGUGCGUUGUCCCCCUGUCGCCCCGUCGAUGGGCAGGUUGAUGGUGUGGGGCAGGCGGGGCAGCGACACAAGGCCCUCCCAUAUCUGCUGCUCCAGGUCUUCAAACUGCACCAUAUAGGGCCUUCCGCACACGGGCUCCAAACUGCAUGGUGCACAGCACAGACACGCACAGAGAGGGAGAGACAUGGAUGGCAGGACAAGUAUGUGUGUGGGUUUCUGUGUGGCUGACCGGCCCAUGUGGCGGCUGAGGGGCAUGAAGGCGUCCCGCACGCACAUAAACACGCUGUGGUAGUCCUUCUGCAUGGCGUCGUAUCUUGCCUUCGCCGCCUUGUCGAUCGGCACCGGCUGAAACCCCUGGCCAGACCACCCACCCUCGCCACGCAACUGAAUGAACCAGCAACAGCAAAGAAACCACACCAAUGCCAGCGGUUGGUCGAGAACAAGGGAUCUUGGUGCGUGUACCUGUCGCUUGUCGGGGUUGAGUGCGCGGAUCUGCUGCACCGGAUCCUGCUCUUUUCGGCGGUAGCUCAGGUUGAGGAAGGUCAGCUUCUUGAACAGCUCGUAUGUCGCCAACACAAAGCCACGCUCCAUCAGAGAAUGCACCGCUCUGUAUGCCUCCUGUAUGCAACACGGCAUGAUCGUUAUCUGGUGUAUGUGCAUUGUGCUGUGUUGUGUUGUGUUGUGUUGUGUGUUGUCUGUCUUGCCUCAAAGGAGCACAUGGGUAUGGGUCUGGGAACGGACGGGUACUGGCACAUGACGUGGAAGUUCUGAAACAGAUAACAAAGCCGCCCCUUGCACCAGGCCGCGCGCGACCCGCUGCAGGGGCGGUUGUUGGGGAACAGAUACCCGAGCCCCUGAUGAUAGACAGACACCACCAGAGAAGGAAACGAUACCGUCCGUACACGCGGAUGAGACGUGUCUGCUUACCAUGAACUCGAUGAAUCGGUCCUCCUUUGUCAUUGGUAUGAGCCUCCUGAGCCUCUCCUUGGCCCCCUGUCCUUCCUCCCUCAUCCAGAAGGCCAGCCUACUCCCACACACACGGUCCGCCUCCGCCCACACCAUACCACUGACCAAAACACAACAAGAAAGACACACAGACAUGGCGACAACGAGCAGUUUGUGGUGAAUGCGAAUGUGUGCCUCCUCACCUAUCGGCAGCCGUGUUGAAUGCCAUGCACACCCUCAGAAUGCUCCUGAGUGUUCUGAGAUUUCCUGCCACGUAGCAGAAGAUGGUCGUCCACACCUCCGCGCAGUCCAUCGGCGCACUAUAUCUGGCACGGGCAGGGACGGCUGCUGUCGGUUUGGACGCAGGGAAGGGGAAGCGGGGCGAGGAGGGGCCCGCACCGGCAGCAGCUGCAGGGGCGGUGUCAUUCUUGGGCAGCACGUCAGCGUUGAGACGGAUGGGAGGGCGGGGGCCGGCUGGCUUGGGAGUGAUGGAGCGGGUGUCCUCUUUGAUGGCGACGGUCUGAGCCCCGGUUUCAACCAUCGAGUGAGUGCGGCUGACGGCAUCGGUCUGAAAGCAAGAACACGAAAGAGCUCAAUGACUGACAGGAAAUGAUGAUAUCCAAUUUAUCUAUCCAUUACUACCUGUGUUGCCGUUGAUGCGGUGGUUUUAUGGUGAAUGCAUGGCAUCCCGGCCACCCUGUUCGACUCAUACGAAGAUAGGAAUCGUGUCUUCACCCACCGCAGCAGCUGUCCGCACAAGAACAUCCCCGCACUCAGACCAACCUGAACGAGACGAGUCGUACACAACGGAACCAAUCGCUCGCUCUCUUACGCCUCAUUCCUCCUCACCCAUGUGAGCAUUGCAGGCCAUUGGGAGCUUCCAUCCAGCAGCCCAUCCAGCAGGAAGGCCAGCACGCCUCCAAACGUCACGACAACGAAGAGCCUGGCCUCGGGCAGCCAGGAACUCGGCAGCACAGGAUGGAGCACGUAGAACGAAGCGGCCAAAGCCAAUAUCCACUCCUCGACGGCAGCCAUGUGAACUCCGG